UGGAGAAGUCCAGGAGAAGACCAAAGCCAUGGAGGGAGCUCCUCUCAAGCUUCAUGGCAUGUGGGCGAGCUUUUAUGUGCAUCGCGUCCAACUGGUCCUCCAUCUGAAGGGCGUGGAGUACGAGUACGUAGAGGAGGAUCUUAGCAACAAGAGCCGUGCCCUCUUGCUCCAGAACCCUGUGCACAAGAAGGUCCCAGUCCUGCUCCAUGGUGAUCGUCCCAUCGCCGAGUCCACCAUCAUCAUCGAGUAUAUUGACGAAUUCUGGAGGGAGAAGCCCAUCCUGCCAACAGAUCCUUAUGAACGAGCUGUUGUGCGCUUCUGGUGCCAUUUUGUUGAUGACACAGAUUCAUGAGCAUAGGCCAUCGGUGCGUGGUCAACCUAAUAAAGUAUCCUCUACUUCAUAUAGACUAUUUGCUGUAUUCGCUUUGAUAUUAUUUGUCACAAUUGAAGGCCUCAUCAAAAAGCUACGUCCAUCAUUUGGAGCAAUCCUUCGUUCCUCAGCAGAAGGACAAGGGGCAGCAGUUGACAAUUUUCGCCAAAACCUAGAGUUUCUUGAAGCUGAGCUUCGUGAUGGCUUUUGUAAGGGAAGAAAAUUUUUUGGUGGCGAAAGAAUUGGCCUUCUGGACAUUGUUAUGGGUUGUGGCUUAUACUGGAAUUCGGCAUCUGAAGAUGUAUUAGGGCUAAAGAUCAUAGAUCAAGAGUCCUUCCCUUUUUUCACAUCCUGGUUUGAAAGUUUCAAUGAAGCCAAGGAGGUGAAGGAAGUCAUCCCACCAACUGAGAAAUUGGUUGAGUAUGUAAAAGGCUUGCUUCAGAAAAUGUUCAAUUAGAAGACUAUUAGAUCUCUUGAUCAAGUAAUCAAUUCUGGAUGUUUUCCUACUUCAUUUGAAUUGCAUAUUGGAGAUUCUAAUUUAUAUAGCAAAAAAGAACUUGGAUAUAUUUCUGUAUGAUUUACUACUUUAAUGAAAAUCAUUUCCUCUCCUUUUAUGCCC